AUGAGGCUACUGAAACCAGGCAGGUUUCGACUGGUCCUGAGAAUCACCAUUGCACUGGGAUCACUAUGGAUCCUCUCCCUACUUACUCGCAGUAAACCAGGCUGGAAUCCCAGCUCCGUUCUCAGGUACAGCUGGUUGGAGUAUACAGACUCUGAUGACAGCCCAGAGAAAGUGUGCAACUGCUCAGCUAUCCUGCAGGGAGAGAGGGAGGCACUGGAGCAGGCCAAAUUACUGACCAUCACCAAAGACUUCCACAAGAGUGUUCACAUCCCUGAUGAACAUUACAUGAAUGCAACCAAAGACUGCAGCCAGCCUGUUGACGUGGUCUAUUCUGCCUGGCCACGUGUCCAGGCUGACCUUAACUGUAUGGCGGAUCUCUAUAACACCAGCACAAAAUGGAAAUACUUCAUCAACCUUUGUGGCCAAGAUUUCCCUCUGAAAACCAACUUGGAGAUUGUAAGGACUCUGCGUUCACUGAAGGGCGGGAACAGCUUAGAGUCAGAAAAAAUGCCUGCAGAAAAGAUGUGGAGAGUGAGAAAUGCACACAAAAUAAUAGAUGGAGGAAUCCAGGGAACAGGAAAGGCAAAGGAGCCUCCUCCCUUCAACAUGCCCAUAAUGUCUGGAAGUGCCUACUUUGUGGUUAGCCGUGGCUACAUCCGCAGUGUGUUGGAGGACGGCCGAGUGCUGGCACUGAUGGAGUGGGCCAAAGACACCUACAGUCCUGAUGAAUUUCUCUGGGCAACCAUUCAGCGAAUGCCCGGAGUUCCUGGCUCAACACGGCCCCACAGCAAAUAUGACAUGUCAGACGUCAAUGCCAUCGCUCGCCUGGUGAAGUGGCAGUGGCACGAGGGGUCGCAGGCUUCACCGGACGCGGUGUACCCAGAGUGUCAAGGCAGCCACGUCAGGGCAAUAUGCGUAUAUGGUGCCGGGGACUUAAAGUGGUUGCUCAAGCAGCAUCAUCUCUUUGCCAACAAGUUUGACAUAGACACAGACCCCGUUGCUGUCUACUGUUUGGAGAAAUAUCUCAGAAAAAGGGCACUGUCUGAGUUACAAUAGAUAUAUUUUAGAUUUUUCAUAGCAACCGAGAAUGGCAUUCAAUUCAAACCUUUAUUAAUACAGGGAAAGGCCAUGUAGCAGCACGUGAUUUAAUUUCAAGAUGUAUUUUAAAUUUGUUUAUAAUUCUAGUGUGAUGAACACAAAUUAAAAUGUUUCAUUAGUGGCACUAUAUUAUUCAGUCGUAUUACGGUUAUUCGAGCAGUUUAUCAGUGUUACGAUUAAAAAUCCUGCAGUGGCGGACUGCACAUCGGUAGCACCUGGACAUUUCCCAGUGGCCUGAUGGUCGCUCUGGCUUUCCUUGACCAGCGAUAAUAUAGCAAGCAGGACCACCAACGUAAUCACGUCUCUCUGCGAUGCACACAGCAGCCAAAGAUAUUAAUAUUCAUAAUAAUAAUUGUGAAAAGGGAGCUUUCUCCCCCUUUUUCACUAGGCGCUGUCUCCCUAUAUUAAAACAUUUGGUCAUUUGAUUAUUAUUAGAAUUUUGAUUAUCAAUUAGAUUAUGUAGAUAAUCUGGUUUUGAGUUGUGUGUUGAAUUAUUUUACAGCAUGUAUGUGUUGACAGUUUAUUUUGUUAUGUCUGUGAUGUUGCUCUGUUUGAUUGUUGUUUUUCCAGAUCUGUGCAUGGGGUCAGAUCAGCAGGUCGAUCAGGGAGAGGUGUGUAGGAUCAGGUCUCUGAGAAAGGAGGGGCUGGGCAGACUCAAGGGAAAGGCUCUCCCACCCACGACCUGACCAUUACCUUUGACAACUCUGUGUUAUCCCCCACCCAGACUGCUAGGAACCUGGGUGUGACACUGGACAGUCAACUCUCCCUUACUGCCAACAUUACUGCAACAACACGUUCCUGUAGAUCAGGGGUGUCCAAACUACGGCCCGCGGGCCAACUGCGGCCCGCCAUCCAUUUUUAAUUGGCCCGUAUCAAAGUCUAAAAAUAUAAUGGACUAUGGCCCACUGUAUUGCACUUCUUAGUUUAAACACUAGGUGGCGCUAUUGUCUUGAACAAGGCAGCGUCUCCACAAAGCAAGCAAUCGAAGAAAAAAUUUGCUCAGCGUCACCAGAAAUGCCGGAACCGAAGAGACGCAAGAUUGCAAGCGAGUGCAGAAAAUGUCAGACUCGGUGGAAAAAUGAAU